AUGGACUCGUACCUGAUCCAAGUGAAUGGCCACGGAGAUCAUGCCCCUAUGCUGGAUGUUCAUCUCAAGACCAACGGGAACAGCAUAUCGCCGGGGAAGGUGAAGGGCCGGAAGCCAAGAUGGGCUGUCAGGGCUUCUGAAAUGUCAAAGAAGACCUUCAAUCCUGUCCGAGCCAUCGUAGACAGCAUGAAGGUGGAGCCUAACCCAAAGAAAGCUAUGAUCUCCUUGUCCUUAGGAGACCCAACGGUCUUUGGAAACCUUCCCACAAAUGAUGAGGUCACACGGGCUGUGAAGGAGGUUUUGGACUCAGGACGUUACAACGGUUAUGCUCCAUCUGUUGGUAACCUUUCCUGCCGGGAAGCCGUGGCCGCAUACUACAACUGCCCAGAGGCACCACUGGAGGCCCAGGAUGUCAUCUUAACGAGUGGCUGCAGCCAGGCCAUAGAGCUUGCCUUGGCAGUGCUGGCCAACCCAGGCCAGAACAUCCUGGUGCCACGGCCCGGCUUCUCCCUCUACAAGACUCUGGCAUUGUCUAUGGGGAUUGAAGUCAAACUCUACAAUCUCUUGCCAGAGAAGGGCUGGGAAAUUGAUUUGGAGCACUUGGAGUCUCUGGUGGAUGAGAAGACAGCUUGCCUCAUUGUGAACAACCCGUCCAACCCCUGCGGCUCUGUGUUCAGCAAGAGCCACCUCCAGAAGAUCCUGGCAGUGGCAUCAAGACAGUGUGUGCCCAUCCUUGCUGACGAGAUCUAUGGAGACAUGGUGUUUGCUGACUGCAAGUAUGAACCCAUCGCAACCCUCAGCACCAACGUGCCAAUCUUGUCCUGUGGUGGCUUGGCAAAGCGGUGGCUAGUCCCUGGCUGGCGGAUGGGCUGGAUCCUAAUUCAUGACAGGAGAGACAUCUUUGGUAAUGAGAUCAGGGAUGGCCUUCUAAGACUGAGUCAAAGGAUCCUAGGACCCUGUACAAUUGUCCAAGGAGCACUGGAACGUAUCUUGCACCGAACACCUCCUGAGUUCUACCACAACACCCUCAGCAUCCUCAAGUCCAAUGCUGACCUUUGUUAUGCUGCCUUAUCAGCUAUCCCUGGCCUCCAGCCUGUCCGUCCCGCUGGAGCCAUGUACCUCAUGGUUGAGAUUGAGAUGGAGCAUUUCCCUGAGUUUGAAAAUGAUGUGGAGUUCACAGAGCGACUCAUCUCGGAGCAGUCUGUGUUCUGCUUGCCAGCCACGUGCUUUGAAUACCCAAACUUCUUCCGCGUGGUGAUCACCGUGCCUGAGGAGAUGAUCUUGGAGGCCUGCAGCCGCAUUCAGGAGUUCUGUGAGAUGCACUACCAGGGUGCUGAGGGGGCCCAGGAUCUGGAGUGUGACAAGUAG